GAAACAAGUUUUUAACACUGGAAGCCUGGAAGGCUCAAAAUAUCAUGAAAGAAAAUGGAAAAAUUAUUGAAAAUAAUCCUGUCUGAGAUUUCUGACCAGAAUAACAGUAAUUCUGUUAGCAAACUUUUGGACGAGGUGUUUGUACGGUGUCUUUCGAAAGAAGAGUUUGUUUCCAUUAUUCACUAUUGUUUGCAUCUGGUUGCCUCACGUAGAGAUCACAAUGAGUUGACGAAAGAAACAGCAAUUGAAAUAUUGUCCAUAUUAAAUGCAUUCAGAAGGAAUGAAUUUAAUGAAACCUCACCUCAAGUUAUCAGUGAACUUAUCUCAUCAAAUUUAAGUGAACCUGUUGACAUCCUUGCACUGAUCCAAGAGCUCUUGACUGUUGGUUUCCUUGAAGAUGUUGUUUCUACAGAAUUUUCUGUCAAUUUGCAAAAAAUGCUACACAAAUUGCGUGGCAAACAUAGCUUACCAGUUUUGGUGGACAUGGCAAAUAUCAUCCUAUGCAAUCCCAAAUGUCUGCCUCCACAACAACUGCGACAACAAUUCUGCAUUGAAAUAAUUCACCAAAUAUCCUCUCUCAGCAUUCCUGCCAGCCAAUAUAUUAAUUUUAUGCAAGAUGUUAUGCUUGUAUCAAAAAUGGUCCAAAAGAUAUGGCUAAAUUCCCCUCAUGAUGUUGGACUAUCAUCUUUGGCAACCAUCUACACAUUAAUUGCUGAAAGCAGUAAUGUUAGCCCUCCAAGUCAGUCUUUAGCGGCAUUCUUGAAUGUCACACCUAAAAGUCAGAUAGAGAAAGCCCUUGAAAAACUACUUAUACUACCAGCUUCAUCCAGUAAAGACAAGCAUGUAAUUAGACUCGCCACUAUCCUAUGUGAUUGGCUAAUCCAAUGGCCCAAGGCAACUAGAAUAUCUUGUUGGGUUUUAUCGUUAUUCAAGAUGCUUACACUAGAUGGUAGAUCUGCAAUUGUAGCUGAAGUGAUCUCCCUUAAAGCUCCUAAGCUUAUGGAACAGUCAGUCAUUCCUAUUAUCAGAGCCUCUACUGCCCCGGUCUUGCCAUACAUGCUUUGUGCUUUUCGUGAUCAGCCACAGGAAAAAGUUGAUUUUAUGCUGAAGCUGGCCAUCAGACUUGUUAAUCUUUUGAAGAAUCAGGUUUCCAAUGACAAUGAAACACAACACUUAAGGAAUGAGUUGAUGGAAGUUCUUCAUAUUAUGGGCGAAAAACUGUCGUUUACGGAUGAUCAGUUACGUCAGUCGCUCCUACAAACAAUAUCUGAAUAUCCCCGACCCAGUCCUCAGCGUAUACUGUCCAAGCUUGACUCUGUGCCGGCAUUGUUUGAUCCUCGGUUUUCUAAGGAUUGCAAGAAACUGGUCAUACCGAAUGGUAACUGGUUGGAAUCUAGAUCAGCUACUGGAAAAAUUGGAUUGAUCAAUUUAGGGAAUACCUGUUACAUUAAUUCGAUUCUACAAGCUCUCUACAUGAAUUAUGAUUUCACGCGAGCUGUACUUGGUUCAACCACUACUACUGACCAGUAUGUCCUUACCCAGCUACAGCGAGUCCUAGUAUUCUUACGGUACAGUUUCCGGGCAGCAUACUCCCCUGCAGCGUUCAUCAAAGCUUCUCGUCCUCCUUGGUUUGAGACCGGUAGACAACAGGACUGUUCCGAAUUUUUGAGGUACCUGAUGGAUAGCUUGUAUGAACAAGAGAGAGCUGGCCGGUGUGUCCUACAAUGUGGUCAUCGUUGGAAAGUUGGUGUUGGUAAAGAAACUACGGACGAAGCUGAGCAAGUUGCAGAACCAGGAAUCGAAGAAAAAUCCGAGGAAGGGAAUAGCGAACUUCAGCGAUGGAUUACAGAAGAAGAUUUGACUGCUGGACUUGCACAACCUGAAGGAAACCUGCCAGUGGGAAAAAGUGUGCAAGCAGCUGACAGCCUCUCUAACGCCCAUUCCGAUUCCACGGAUAGUGGCAUUCAGUCUGUGGGCGACGGAUUAGAGGAAAAGGUUAAGUCAUGCUCCGACUCGGAGAAACGGUCGAUGGAUAAAAAGCAACAAUUAAGCCUCAUACAUAAGAUAUUUGGUGGACAGAUGACCAUAUCUUACCGAUGCCUUGCAUGUGGUACUGAAUCACAUCAUCAGGACUUUUUCACGGAUCUUCACUUGGCUUUUCCUGAUCCUGUUGCAUCCGUACCAAGCAAAACGACCAUUGAAUCGGCUCUUCAAGGUAAUCAAGAGCUAAGUCUUGAUUCAUUGUUGAAGUUUUAUUUCGCCCCAGAGAAGCUUCAAGGCGAGAACCGCUACCACUGUGAUAACUGCGCCAAGCUGGUUCAAGAGGCGGAGAGAGUACUUCGUGUAACAGAAGCUCCGCAGCAUUUGCUUCUGACUUUACUGCGAUUCCAUUACGAUAGACUGCUUCAAAGGCGAGGGAAGAUCACUACCCAAGUUAGUUACCCUCAACGGCUGGAUCUUCCUAUUGAUGGUGGAGGUACCAUAAGUUAUGUGCUUUACUCUGUCGUCAUCCAUUCUGGUGUGACACUCGAUGGUGGUCAUUACUAUACGUUGGCGCGUAGCAGUGACCUGGAUCCGGAAGAUGUUCUUGGGAAGGGCGAUAAGUUGACACCUUGGUACAUGUUCAAUGAUUGCCAAGUGUCGCGAACUGACUUCGAUUCGUUGAUCAGCUUGUCACGUAGAUAUCCAACAGAUACGCCUUACCUUUUGUGGUACCGGCGCGUGACGGAUGAUCAGGUAGGGAGUGCAUUGGAUGUAGGCAAAACAACACCUGCUGUGCCUCUGAUACUGCCCUCCGACUUGAAGCAUAUAGUAGACGAAGACAACGCCAGGUUUGUCCAAGAACAAAUGCGAUCAGCGAUUCGUCCAGCUCCUAGUAUUUGGGCGCCACCAAAAAAAGAUGAUGAUCAAGACAGUCACCGGCGAGAUCCUUUCCAAGAUAAUAAUGGUUCACGUUUCAUAUUUUGAGGUGUCCAAUAAGCGCUUCCGCAUUCAUUUACCUAAAAUUGUAUCGUAAAGAGUUAUUUUGUAUUUCGAUCAAAUGGAACUUACGUUAAAUGCGCAGUCGCACUGUGUGUCUAUAGUUAGUCGGCGGUGCACUUUCCCUGGCCUCUUACUUGUACAUGGCCUAAUCAAUUACAUAUCAUUUGUUGUAAAAGUAGACCAUGGUUGUACGGAGUCAUGUAGAAUAAGCUGCCGAAAUCUGUGCCUUCUAAGCAAGCACGACUCUUGGCUGUCAAGACAACAGCGCAGAGGAUGAAAUAAACUGUCUUUUAUUGUU